UUAAAUAUUACCACCAGUUCCAUCAUCGGCAUCGUUCAGUUCAGUUUAAGUGGUCUACCAGUGCAGUCCCAUCUUCAACGAUCAAACCCAGCAACCUUUUCUACACCACCCAAACUCAAGAAGGAGUGAACCAGUUUGGAUCUGCUCCCCCCCGAUCUUCGACUGUGAUAAGCGAAUCGAACACCCCAAAGGAGUAGUUCCAAAGGGACCAUCCCGAGAAGAAAAACCGCCUACAGCUUCCGUCUAGUGAUACUUUCCUGUGUUCCAGUUUUCUUAGCUACCAAACCAAAUCAAGUUUUCCACGUUGCACUUUGCUUCUCGAUCUGCUAGCGUUUCACACGUGUGUGCCCCACGACCCCAAACGCAACUUUCCAACGAUCUAAGCCAGAACCGCACCGUGCACACCGGCCCAAGAUAUGGCACCCACAAUCCACAAGGAGGACAAUUUCUCCACGACCAAUCUCAAGUGGAAGAUGACUCUCGUCCAGCCAUCCGGUGAACUGAGCGCCAAGAUCAAGGAGGAGCUGCGCGAGCCAGCAAACCCAGCCGACAUUGAGCGCGACAUUGGCAUCAUCCGCGAAUGGCUCGGCAAGCAGCCCCAUCUGCCAAAGGACAUGGACGAUGCCCGCCUGCGCACCUUCCUGCGCGGUUGCAAGUUCAGCCUGGAGCGCGUCAAGCAGAAGCUGGACAUGUACUACACCAUGCGUAAUGCCGUUCCGGAGUUCUUUACCGACCGUGACGUCAGCCGUCCAGAAAUGGCCGAAAUUCUGAACGUCAUCCACAUGCCGCCACUACCAGGACUGACCCCAGCCGGUUGCCGUGUGGUGAUGCUCCGCGGUACCGACAAGGACAUCACCACCCCGAACGUCAUCGAAUCGAUGAAGCUGACGCUGAUGAUCGGCGAUGUCCGUCUGGCCGAAGAAGCCGUCGGUGUUGCCGGCGACGUCUACAUCAUGGACGCCAGCGUUGCCAGUCCUACCCACUUUGCCAAAUUCACUCCCACACUGGUCAAGAAGUUCCUCAUCUGUGUCCAGGAGGCUUAUCCAGUUAAACUGAAGGAAGUCCACGUGAUCAACGUUUCGCCGAUCGUCGACACCAUCGUCAACUUUGUCAAGCCCUUCCUGAAGGAGAAGAUCCGCGAGCGUAUCCACAUCCACAGCAGCAUGGAGGACCUGUACAAGUACGUCCCCAAGGCAAUGCUGCCAUCCGAGUACGGUGGCGAUGCUGGAUCCAUCAAGGACCUGAACGAGCAAUGGCGCGCCAAGUUGGGCGAAUACACCGCCUGGUUCAAGGAGCAGGAGGCCAGCAAGGCUAACGAAUCCCUCAGACCAGGUGCUCCCAAGACCGCCGAUGAGCUGUUCGGCAUGGACGGUACCUUCAGACAGCUUACCAUCGAUUAAACAUCUCCAACAAUCCACCGUCCAUUAGUUCUUCCACCGAACUAUGCUCAUCCCGUCCAAGAAAACCUCAUCCCGGACCCAAAAGAAAAAAAACGUCAAAUUAACCAAAUUAUUAGCAAAACAUAAAAAAAUCCAAUUAACAAAUCUCAUCUCACCCUUUCACCCCUUCCACAUAUUUUUCAUCUAAACCUAGUUAGCCAAAUUACUCAAAAUAUACAAUAAAGGACGCUCUAAAAGAACGUUACUUAGAUGAAUCCAAAUUCUCAAACGCGCAGUACCACCAUCGACCGAAAUUGGAUGAGAAAGAGCGAGCGAUUUUUCGAUUUUUUGAAAAGAUUUAGAUUUCAUCGGGAUCCUAGAUCCCUGCCCAAGCAUCAUUCACCAUGCACCAGCCAAAUGGAAAUCUCGCCAGAUGUUCCGAGUGCUUGCUUUUCAAGGAACCUUCCCGCUGUGCACCAUCGACAGUCAGAGCCGGGCAAGACGGCGAGACAACACUACGAUGAUGCGAGAUUCGAAUUUCAGAGCUACUCAGUCGAGUAUGGAAGGUGUAAAACAUUUAGAGCUGUCUGUGUUUGUUGUAUCAGUUUUGUUAUAUAUUUUUUGUACGUAUUUGCUAUUAAAGACUUUCUUGUUUAAAAGGAA